AUGGCCGAACCCCCUACAAAACGUGCCCGUCGUAUUGACAGCUCUACAAUGUGGGAUUUGAACGAUGACCGGACACCCGAUGGAAACAUGGAAUUAGAUAAAAGCCCAAGGAGAGAUGAUGGGCGACGCGACGGCCCGCGCGACGACCGGCGAUACCGCUCCCGUUCAAGAGAUCGAAGAGAAAGACGACGAGACAGGAGUAGGUCUAAAGACCGUCGUGAUCGCGAUCGUGAUAGGAGGGAUCUUAGAGAUGGUCGGGUUGCGAGAGAUAGGGAGAGGAGCGUGAGCAGAGACAGAUACGAGAGGCGAGGAUACCCAUCGAAAGGAGAGAGACUACGUGAGCGCUCCCGCUCCCCCCGAAAGAACACCAGAGACCGAUCCAGGACGCCGCCUCGAGGACCCAGAACAGAUCGUCGGAACGAUCGAAAAGAUCCUCGGUCACAACGGGACGGAACUCCGGCUUCCCACAAACCGUCGAAGGAUGAAAUGGACAUGGACGUCGACGAGGUGGCCGACGGGGACGAUCUCGAUCAUGUUAUGCGCAGAUACAUGGGCUUCAGCCGGUUCAGGAGUACGAAGAACACCAAGGUUCCUGGAAACGACAUAUACGGCGUGCGGAAGGAAAAGAAGACAGAGUACAGACAGUACAUGAACCGUUCAGGGGGUUUCAACCGGCCGCUCAGUCCUUGA